UAGCUACACAGGCUGUCACCUUGAGGCUUACUGACAGAUCACCCCCCACUCACGCAGCACGCAAAGCUCUGCUCCGAUUUUAUUCUGAAAGUUAUAACCGGAAGUCGUGAAUAAGCCUACGUCGCGUUGACGCUCCUCUCGGGAUGGUGCUCCGCUCGCCGCUCGGCCGCAGGGAGGGAGCAGCAUUGCUGAGCAACGGAGGGGGAGAAGGCCGACGCGUAGAGCCAGACUGAACUGCAGCAACGGCAGGGCUGGGCUCCACACACACACACGCACACACACCUUCAACAGCAACAGAAACCAGGACGGAAAAGGGAUGGCCUAGCUGUGUUGUGCUGUUGGCAGUCUAUCAGCAGUGAGCUACCUGGACCAGAGGUGUAUACCAGAGGCGGCAGCAGGUUGCAGAGAUGAGUGUGACCUCCUGGUUCCUGGUGAGCAGCGGGGGGACUCGCCACCGCCUCCCCCGGGAAAUGAUCUUUGUUGGCCGGGAUGACUGCGAGCUCAUGCUACAGUCCCGCAGCGUUGAUAAGCAGCAUGCAGUCAUCAACUAUGAGGCUGGAACUGACGAACACAAGGUCAAGGACCUGGGCAGCCUGAACGGGACCUUUGUAAAUGAUGUCCGCAUCCAGGAGCAGAUGUACAUCACUCUGAAGUUAGAGGACAAGCUGAGGUUUGGAUAUGAUACCAACCUGUUCACGGUGGUGAGAGGAGAGCUCACUGUACCUGAAGAGGCUCUAAAGCAUGAAAAGUUCACCAGCGGCCUCCAGCUCAGCAAAAAGCCAUCCAAUGGUGAAACCACUACUGCCACAACCACAAGCAAGUCUCCCGCUAAGACCCCAACAAAGGCACUUAAGUCCCCCAGUGGCAGCAGCCUGAGGCCAGUGGAGAACAGGGCUGCGGACGGGGUCACUUCUUCCAAAGAGCCACAAACUAAACCUUUGGAAUCCCAUAAAGCGGAUGAGAGGGUGGGAGGGGACAUUACAGCGCUCCCUCGUGGGACCCCACUGUACGGCCAGCCGUCUUGGUGGGGGGAUGGCGAUGCAGAUGAUGAGAACUCCUUCAAACAGGAAAGCAAGUCAUCCAGCAAAAAACAUGACAGCUCCAUUUCAGACAGCAAAGAGGCACGUCGAGGGGAGAAAGCCAAAGAGGACGGCCUGCAUGCGUCCUCCGCCCAUGAUUCCAGUUACUUUGAGAUUCCUACCAAGGAGGGUCACAUGGCCAAUAACGGCAUCCAUGAGAUUCCCACAAAGGACACAGAGGGCACCGCCGCCCACACUGCUGCAGCUCAAGGUCACGCUUCCUUCACUAUAGAGUUUGACAACACUUCUCCUGGGAAAGUCACCAUUAAAGACCAUGUGUCAAAGUUCACACCUGACCACCACAGAUCUCGCUCCAAGAAGAGUGGAGGAGGAAGCGGAGGAGCGGGAGGAAGGGACUUAAGCACUCUGCAAGCUGCUAUGAUGGCAUCAGAGAGCAAGGUGGCCGAUUGGCUAGCCCAGAAUGACCCCACUCUGGUGCGCAGCGAGUCGACAGAGGACGACAGCAAGAGCAUCAAGAGUGAUGUGCCGGUCCAUCUCAAAAGGCUAAAAGGCAGCAAACAUGAGGAUGGCACCCAGAGUGACUCAGAGAAUGGACUGGGCCUGCGUUUCGCGAACCGCCGCCACGCCCUCGAGGAGCGCCUAAAAGCAGCACACGGCCACUUGGGAGGAGCGGGAGGGACAGGAGGAGGCAACGUAACGGUGAGCGGGAACAGAGCAACCGGCUCUCGCACGGCCUUUAUGAUUGAGUUCUACGACGAAGAAAACCCACGCAAGCGCCGGUCAUAUUCUUUUUCCCAGACUGCACCCUUACUAGGAACAGGAGCUGGCGGGGAAGGACUGUGUCCGCAGCCUCCCUCUCACCCCAAGGUGUUCAGCAUUUCCACCUCUGCUGCCUCAGAUUCAGGUAAGGUCCAAGCUCCAAUACCAGCUACAGUGACUGUAGGUGCCCCUACCGCUGCCCGCGUCCUUCUCAAGCAGAGAUCAGAGGACCCAAGUAUCGGUCGCAGCUCAGCCAGUACCGGACUGGCGACAGGUAGUCCCACCACCCCCAGCGAGGACGCCUCGGUCGUGGGGAGAGGAGUGGGAAAUGCUGGAGGAGAUGCAGAGGAUGACCACAGCGAUAAAGGGACCUACACUAUUGAACUGGAGAACAGGAACCCAGAGGAAGAGGAGGCCAGACGUAUGAUAGACAAGGUGUUUGGUGUGCAGCAGAGCCAGAACUCCUCUAUUCUAUCAGACCUGAAAGAAGGAAAAGGAAAAGAGACUGGAGAGUCAGAGAAAGAGGCUCUUCCUGGUGACUCGAGCUGGGUCUCUCAGUGGGCCAGUAUAGCUGCCAACCACACCAGGACAGACCCAGAGGGCUCAGGAGCAGAAACAGCCACCUUCCUGCACAAAGAGAGAGCUGAUGCCUUUGAGUCCAGUGCAUCCCUCAGCAGAGGGGAAUCCUCCUCCAGUCUGACGGACCGCAAACGCAGGACGCUCCCCCAGCUCCCAGUAGAUGACCCCCGGGUAAAAUCCAGCACCAAAGCUCUGGGACUGAGAUCCGAGAUUGGGGAGAAACAAGACACUGAACCCCCAGAAAAAGAGAACAAGGGAGACGGGGAGUCCCCAACUCCCACUGGAGACGUGGAGAUGACCAGUCGACGGAAACAAAGCUCCACAUCUUCUCCCUCCAAGGCUCCUGUCCGGACAUCUGGCAGCACUGAGCGGAGGAAGAGGUCAGAGGAGAGGAAAGGAGGCGGAGGAGGAGGAGCAGGAGCAGGAACAGGAGCAGGAGCAGGAGCAGGAACGGGAACAGGAGAAGGAGAGAAGUCUGGAAAACCACUAGUGCGCCAGGGCAGCUUCACAAUUGAGAAGCCUAGUGCUAAUGUCCCUGCAGAGCUCAUCCCACGUAUCAACAGAGGCAGCAAUGGGCGGGAACGCAGUGACUCCGUGGGCAGCAUGGACACUGCUACCCUCCUGAAGGACACUGAAGCUGUUAUGGCUUUCCUGGAGGCCAAACUAAGAGAUGAAAACAAACUAGACCAGAAAAGCAGUAAAACUGGAGUCACCACUCAUGGUUCAGGUUCUGGCUACCCCGCUCGGACUGACUCCAUCUCUCCUGAGUCUGAUGUGGACACAGCCAGCACAACCAGUCAUGUGACUGGAGAGAAGAAAGCUGGUGGCGAACAAAAACGACGUUCCUUCAGCAGUAUGCACCGCGAGAAGAGCAACAUGAGCACAGCUUCCAAGACCAGCCUUACCAAUGCAAGCGCACGUGAACGCUUGGAGAGGAAGUCUAAAACAAGAACUGUGGAGGUUUCAAGCCGGACUGAUACACGCCGCUCUGUUCAGCCUUCUGCCUCCUCCAGAGCACGCCAGCCGUCUCUGGAUCUCACUGAUGAUGACCAGACUUCUUCCUUCCCCAUCUCUGACAUCCUGUCCUCAGACCAGGAGACCUACUCUGGACCUUUGGGGCACUCCAAACUUAAAUCCACCACUGCUGGAUCCUCCAAGAGCAGCAGGACUCUACAGGCAGCCACAGCCUCCUCCCUGAACAAGCAGGCCGCGCUGCCUCAGCCGCGACCCACGAGAGCCUCCCUUCUCCGCCGCGCCCGCUUGGGGGAUACGUCUGACACGGAUCUAGCUGAUGCAGACAGGGUGUCUGUCGCUUCUGAGGUGUCCACCACCAGCUCCACUUCUAAACCACCAUCUGGUCGGAAGGGACUGUCACGACUGGACAUGCUGGCUCAGCCACGUAGGACCCGCCUGGGCUCCAUCUCGGCCCGCAGUGACUCAGAGUGUACGGUGACACGGAGCUCCACCUCUUCACCCCGCCUGUCAGCUGAGACUGCUCUGCGUCUAGGCUUGCGAGCAUCAACACCGACCGAGAACAGGCUGACACCCAGGAUGAGGGCCAACAGCGUUUCCAAACUGAACGAGACCAAGACUAAGACAACUACAGCUGGAUACUGCUCGCCCACAGAGAGCUCUCAGCCCGAACCUGAGGGCGGUGAUGCAGAGGAAGAGCUGAUGGUGUCCAGUAGCAGCAGAUGGAGACGUCUGCCACCAGAGUACGGCUCAACCUCAGAGGAAGAGUUUGGCUCCAACCGAAAUUCUCCAAAGCAUGGAGGACGCUCCCACGUUCGGCCUCAUCACCUCGUCCCACACCGCAGCUCAAGACUCAGCACCACUGCGAGCCCAGGCUCCAGCGUGGUGACGGGUCCAGGCGGAGUGGGAGUCAAACACCGCAUGAAAGAGCAAGAGGAGUACAUCAGGGACUGGACGGCACACAGCGAGGAGAUAGCCAGGUUAUUCCCAUGUGUGCGUAGGAUCAGCCAGGACCUGGCUAAGGACUUGGCCAUCUUGGCCCGUGAGAUCCACGAUGUGGCCGGUGAGAUCGACUCAGUCAGUUCAUCUGGCACUGCACCCAGCACCACCGUCAGCACCGCCGCCACCACCCCGGGAUCAGCCAUUGACACCCGGGAAGAGGUAGGCCCUGCACGUCCCACCCAGCCGGAUAUACAGGAGAGCAUGAGAAAGUUGGUGGAUCGGGUGUUUGAUGAGAGCCUCAACUUUAGGAAAAUCCCUCCUGUGAUUUCAGCCACUAAAGCACCAGAGAUCAAUGGUAAGCCGGUUGAGCUCCGCCCCCGAGCUCCUGACACUCUGGAACCCCGAGCCCUGAGGAGACGCACGUGGAACCGAGAGGAUGCGGUGUUGGACAGCCUGCUGCUCAAUUCAGUUUCUCAGCUGUCAACCAAGAUCAGAAAUUCUGUUGACAGAACAGCAGGAAAAAUCAGGAUAUUGUUUAAGGAUAAGGACAGAAACUGGGAUGAAAUUGAGAAUAAAAUGCGAUCUGAGAGUGAUGUACCUCUUCUGAAAACUUCCAACAAGGAGAUCUCCUCAAUUCUGCUUGAACUGAAGAGAGUUGAGAAGCAGCUUCAAGUGAUCAAUGUGAUGGUAGACCCAGAUGGGACUCUGGAUGCCCUGGCCAGCCUUGGUCUGACCAGCCCCACCACCCCUACCAGGCCCCAAACCGCCAAAACAACUUCCCCCUCAGCCACCAGCCCCGGGUCUGCACCCCAAGCCAAAGAAUCACUGCCGGAGAUCCUCCCUGGGCCUGGAGGAUCAACCGCCAGGGUUCAGACUUCCUCUGCCAGCACAGGGGAGACCGCACGAGAGCCCAGCAUGGGUCUGGGGUUAACAGGGGUCGGAGGACUGCCCUUCAACCGCAUACGGCCGAGCGGAGAGGAGGCCAUUGCACAGAAGUGAACAGAAAGUUCCCUGAAAUCAGUGUUAUGUGAAAUAAAUGAGUCUGGAUGCAGGUGUAGAAACAUUUAACCAGUUUUUCUCAUAGGACAGUUCCACUGAUUAUACCAGUGGAAGAUUUUGGUUAUAAUAUGAACAUUUAGCUCAAGUGUUACCAGACCUGGCCGGAAAUGAAGUGCUUCAACUGAGCUUUAGACUCCUCAGCUGAUGCAUCAUGGAUAAACCUUCAGAACAGACACUCACCCAUGAUUGAUUUGGACAGUCAUAUUAUCAACUUUUCAACUGGCCGACCAGACUUCCUGAUGGACUGGAGGCUACGUGGCUGCUCUCUCAGUGGUUGUACAGCCUCCGCUCUCCUCCAGCCUGCUCCUCUUGCCUUUCUCCAUGUGUGUGGACCCUUCCUACACUAAGGACAUGCCUUAAAACACAUCCUCAAUAGUAGCAGCCCCUGUCCCCUCUAUUAAUAUACAACUUUUGAGACUUUAAUAAAGUACUUUCAGACCAACAGAAUGCAUUGUAAAAUAACACUUGCAAAAUAUGUUCUAUUUACACUAUGAUGAAAUGCAGCACAUUGCAAUGAUUUAUUAGCUCUUAUUCAGUGUAAGAAAGAUUUCAGCAGCCUUAAGUAACCACCCCGACGAACCACUCAGUCAUACAAACAUGCUUCAUGCCUGAAACUGUUCACAAACCAAACAGAAUUGCAGAUGUUUUAGAUAUUUCAUAACCGUCCAUUGAUGCAUCUCUCAAACUGUUGGAAGGAUUUGUAGUGCCUCCCCAUCUCUGUGUUUCUCCUUCCCCCAUUAUGUUUUCCUCUCUCCUUCCCUUCCCUUCUCUUCGAGUAGUCGGAAAAAUUGUUUGUCCCUUCAGUAGCAUGUACAGGACAGAGCAGAGAGCUUUCUUCCUGCUAAUCGAUGUCUGUGUUGAUCUUACUAAUAUCGAAUGGUAGUUUUACACAGUAAACAGUAACAGCCUUUGGGAAACCAAUGAUCGUUUUCACUCAAAAUUCUCACUUACCAAAGUUAACAAGUUCAUUGAUCGUUUCAUUUUCAAGCAGGUGUGCCAUCUUGAAAUUCAUCUGUUGAAUCUAUAUUUCAAAAAUGGCAGUUCAUCUCAUCAUAUUUCUCACCUUCUCUGAAUGUCAAAUCAUUUUUCUGUCAACAAAUAAAAGAUUGCAAAAGCUUAUUUAUUAUAAUGAAAUGCUAGUUUAAUCAUUGCUGCCAUAUGCUUUUAGUCUCUGUGACAGUGCCCUUAGCUUUUCGCAGUACAUCCACUGAAGUGUCCUAUGAUUUCCAAUUGGCUUUUUUCUACUUUUUCCAGUCACGAGUGGUGUGACUUUUUUUAAACAUAGCAAUGAUGAGCAAAGAAAAAAUCUGUGUAAACUAAAUAUUUUAUAAUAUUUAGAUACUGGCAUUGUAGAUAUUGUAAACCUUUACUUUUUAAUGCUUGAGUCACCUCACAAUGAAUUUCAUUUUCUUUGUCUGUCAUACAAAGUACACAGAAAACCUGAACAUGGAAAACUGCUGGAAUUUGGUUUAAUUUCUGGCUGUGGUUGAUAAUUUUUUCUAUAAGCUCCCCAUCUAUUUUUGGAAUUGUGCGCAUAAUGCAGCUUCAAAUCAGUGUGUAAACAGAUAGAUGCAUUGUUCCACCAGCGGGGGAAGUUCCAACGUACUGAUGCUGUAACAUUGCAGAGACAGUAUAGUUAAACCUCUUUCUCAUUGACUUGCUGCUUUUCUACUUACUUUAAUGGGAAGAACCAUUUUCUGAAUCUCUCUUCAGCUUAUAGUCUGUGUUCUAGAGUAAGUAAGGCAGUAUAUUAGUGCUUAGAUACUCUUGCAGUAGUGACUUUAGGUACCAGAAUAUGUGUUCCAUUUCCUUCUCUCUAUACUGUACUGUACAAUGUUUUUCAAUGCCUCAAAGUGCCCAUUUUGACUCUAGAAGGGCAUUGAUCAAAACAAAAGAAAAAGAUGUAGUUGUCUCAAAAGAAUUCUCUUAUUUUGCACAUCGGAUUGUGGUGUUUUUUUUCAUACAGAAGUAGUGAAGAAGCAGUGAAAGGCUGCAUCAGAUGUCAAAUGGUUUGACAACGAAUGAUAUCAUUUUGGAUGAUAUCACAAGUGACUGCCUUGAUUCUCUGGAACUAUUCUGUCUGUACAAACAAAGCCUCUAAUCUUGUUUUUGUUUUGUUUUUUUCUUUCUCCCAUUUUAUUAAAAAAGAAAGAAAUUAGGGGACUGUGAAUGCUAGGUACAUGUUUAUUUUUGAAAUUCUACAUGUGUCAUCUGAUCAGUGUUCUUUGUCAUUUUUGUAAAGAUAAAACACCAUUUUAUUUAUUUUUUUUGUUUAAUAUUUUGUGGAUGUUUCAUGCAUUUUAUAUUUGUUGGACUACCUGCAUUGUUUCUUACUGUUAAUAAAAGAGAGCCAUUCACUUGUU